CCAUUCUGUAUCCAACUCCAUCCUUCUCUCUGUAUCUCUCUCUCCUGUCCCUUUCUUUCGCUGGUCGGGAUUCGCCUACAAACCAUAAACGUGGUCUCUCCCCAACAGUACCACAUAAUAUGUACCAGACGGUUCUAUUUCGGUCACAGUCCCCGGUGUUUUUCAGUCUUAGCGGCGCUUAACCUAUCAGUGAUAUCUUGGCAUCGAAUGGCGUGUUUUCAGAUCCUGUCUCCUUCAUCUAGAAGCCCCUGAGACGUACGAUUUGUUCGACAUCCCUCCCAAAGCGCCCUAGCUGGCGCUUCUGGGCGACAUCGGUUACAUUACAGACGAUGGCUUGUUCGCCUUUCCUGAAGCUCAGCUUCGAGAGUUCCGAUCGUCUUUUUCCCUCUUAUGGUUCCCUGGAACCAUGAGCCUCAUCAUUCUACUUGGACGACAGUGAAAGACAAAAUACAAGGCUUCUCUGACACCAUCAACCAGAAACGAAUGCAACUGGGCCAACAGUUGGGCGUAUUUCAUAUUCAUGGACCAGACACGCUACGAUGUCUCCUCUAAUGUGACUGUUUUGGGUUGCACAUUAUACUCUAGGUUCGCCAAAAAUCAAGAAAAUGCGCGUCAGCUCUGGCCUGAAUUACUUUUUGCCACAUACAAGAUUGGACAGUUGAGGCCCACUGCACCGCUCAUGAAACUGACUGUACAUGGCUCAGCGACCAGAUCUCUCAUAUUUCUUAGUCGGAACCCCAUCGCAAGAUAACUAGUCGUAUUCAGUCAUCAUAGUCCAACCCUUGCAGCAGCAGCUGUUGACCUCCCCC